AUGGUCGUGUCCAUUCUCGAUGCUCAGCGCGACAUCCUCCUCAAUACGAUCCGGCACAUAACACGAGGAGACUGGAAAGUACUCGUCGUGGAUCCCGAUAGUCGACGCCUGAUCGACAAUGUGCUCGAGCAAGACACCAUUCUGAACGAGAAUAUCACGAACAUCGAACAGAUUACCGAUCGAAGACCUACGAACCGCGAUGUCGAUGCUAUAUAUCUCCUCACACCGCAGCCGCAUAUUGUGGACUGCGUCAUGGCCGACUUUGACAAGAGAAAGUACAAAAGAGCACAUCUAGUAUGGACGAGCUUACUACAUCCGUCAUUACGCGAUCGCAUAGACAAGUCCAGCGUCGCUCGAGAGCAAAUCGCCUUGUUCAAGGUGCUGAAUGUCGAGUUCUUCCCGAGAGAAUCCCACCUGGUCACCUUCCGAGAUCCUUACAGCUUCCCGAUUCUGUUCCACCCCGGACUCAACCAUCUGGUCAGGCAGCAUAUGGAGGAUGUCGCUCAAAAGAUCGUCGGCGUAUGCGUGGCUCUCGGAGAGUAUCCUACAAUACGCUACUAUCGAGCAAGGGCACCCACACACGAAGCCGCUGUCCUAUGCUCACACCUCGCACGCUUCGUUCAAGACGAGCUAGACUUGUACGCCAAAUUCCACGAAGACUUUCCUCCAGUAACGAGUCGACCGCGAGGUGCAUUGUACAUCCUAGACCGGUCCAUGGACCUCUUCGCUCCUCUUCUCCACGAAUUCACCUACCAAGCCAUGGCGCACGAUCUCUUACCCAUCAAAGAAGGUGACAAAGUCACAUACAGGACACUCGUCAACGAAGGACAACCAGACCAGCAAGAAAAAGAUGUCGAGAUAACAGAAAAGGACAAGAUUUGGGUGGAGAACAGACACCGACAUAUGAAGGAUACGAUUGAGAUUUUGAUGGCAGAUUUUCAGAAGUUCAUCAAGGAGAACCCCAACUUCACCAAAUCAGGGGAUGCCACGAGUCUGAAUGCGAUCAAAGACAUGCUGGCAGGGCUUCCGCAAUUUCAAGAGCUGAAAGAGGCGUACGCUCUGCAUCUCAGCAUGGCGCAAGAAAGCAUGAAUCGAUUUCAGAAAUUCAAACUCCCCGAUCUGGCAUCAGUGGAGCAGAUACUCGCCACCGGCUUGGACGAGGACUAUAAGAAGCCCAAAGGCCUUGCCGACCAAGUCAUCCGAAUGCUAGACGAAGAAGGCAUAACACCAACCGACCGUCUCCGCCUCUUGAUCCUCUUCCUCCUCUACAAAGACGGCCUCGUCCCCGCCGAUCUUCAAAAGCUCCUCGCCCACGCCCAACUCCCACCCCAAAAUGCAGAGGUCAUUCAAAAUCUGGACAUCCUCGGCGCCCGCACCGCCAGAAAUCUGAAAGACUCGCGUCCCGUGCCAUCUCCUCUCUUCGCCAGCAAACCCCCUUCCACUCUCGCACAAGAAGAGUACGCUCUCUCCCGGUACGAACCCGCCGUCCAAAACCUUCUCGAAGCCCACGCCGCCUCCUCCCUCGACACCGUCGUUUUCCCCUACACCAAACCCCCACUCGAAACCUCCGACGACCUCCAACCCGCUGCCACCUCCCUCCGCGCCGCAAAACCAACCUGGGCCCGCGCACGCUCAAACGUAUCCGCAGACACCCGCCAGCGAGUCGUCGUCUUCAUGGCCGGUGGCGCAACUUACUCCGAAUCGCGAGCUUGCUACGAGACCGGCGCGAAAACGAAUCGUGAAGUUUUCCUCGUGACAAGCCAUAUGAUGACUCCCGCGCUGUUCAUCCGACAAGUUGGAGAUCUCAGUCGGGAUAAGCGGGAACUCAGAAUACCAGCCGACAUGCCCAAGCCGCAAGCUCCAAGACAUCUUUUCGAGCGAGAUGAGGAGCCAAGGAGAGAGGAACGGCAUCAUGCUCCGCCGCAGGUACCGGCGCAUCAUGCACCGCCGAGCAAGACGAUGGCGGGUAUGAGUUUGAAUGGCAGUGCAAGUCAGGAUGGUGUACCGGCGGGGAGGAGUCAUGGAGCAGCACCGAUUGCCGCAAGUCCGAGUGGAGGGAAUAAGUUGACGAAAGAUGCGCCUGCGGAGAAGGAGAAGAAGAAGAAGCAUCAUUUUGGGUUCGGGAAGAGUAAAGAUAAGUAG